AUGCGAGAUACAGCACUCUCCUCAUGAUCGUACGAGCUCACGUUGGCUAGCAAAGAGCCGCAUACAGAUACUCUUGUGACGUCCACCCGCUCUCGCGAUGAACAUCAGCUGUGGGACGGACUCCGCGCAGCUCAUCACCAAUACAGUUCGAAUGCCCAGCUCUUCGCAGUUGGCAAUGUUGCCUACUUUGACUACUUGGAAAAGAGGCUUCAGACAGAGGAACAAGAUCUCAUCCACCUGGUACUGGAUACUCAGAAACGGCCGCGCAAGCAGGAGUGCCUAUUGCACGCGGGCCGCCGCGCGAUCGGUAUCAUCCAUCAGGAGAUGGAGCUCCUGACUUUCAGCGAGGCACAGUUACGCGCUGUGGCCGUUGACAACGCCUUCAUUGCACAGGGUCGGAGGUUGAAACAGAGGUCAUUCCGGGCAACUUUCGGAUGGUGGUCCGCUACCGAGCUUCUUGCAAAGCACGACGUUCUCCAAGCGCCUACCGCGGUCCCCGAGUGCGAUGGAGAGUACUGCAGUACGGCAGGCCGUUACGUGCCUGGUGGAGAUGUUAGCGGGGACUGCGCAGACGCGGAUACGGGUAUCCCGUCGCAAACAUCCGAUUCGGACUUCGACCUCUUUGCGUCGGGUGUAGAGGACGAUUGGGACGCAGAUGAACUGCUGGGGGUUGAGUAG